UCCUCCCACCCUCAGGCCACUGAGACCAAGGGACAGAGGGCCGCCCUCGCGCGGCUGUGGCCCCGCCUCCCGUUCGUCGGCCCGCGCCUCCAGCGGAAGCCGGAAGCAAAAGCGAGUCCUGUUAGCCCCGCGGCUCCGAACUCGGUGGUCUUGGAAGCUCUGCAGGAUGGGGGAGAAGAUGGCGGAAGAGGAUAGGUUCCCCAAUACAACUCAUGAGAGUUUCAAUGUCACCCUCCACACCGCCCUGGUUGUGACGACGAAACUGGUGCUCCCGACCCCUGGCAAGCCCAUCCUCCCUGUGCAGACAGGGGAGCAGGCCCAGCAAGAGGAGCAGUCCAGCGGCAUGACCAUUUUCUUCAGCCUCCUUGUCCUAGCUAUCUGCAUCAUAUUGGUGCAUUUACUGAUCCGAUACAGAUUACAUUUCUUGCCAGAGAGUGUUGCUGUAGUUUCUUUAGGUAUUCUCAUGGGAGCAGUUAUAAAAAUCAUAGAGUUUAAAAAACUGGCGAACUGGAAGGAAGAAGAAAUGUUUCGUCCAAACAUGUUUUUCCUCCUCCUGCUUCCCCCUAUUAUCUUUGAGUCUGGAUAUUCAUUACACAAGGGUAACUUUUUUCAGAAUAUUGGUUCCAUCACUCUGUUUGCUGUGUUUGGGACGGCAAUCUCCGCUUUUGUAGUAGGUGGAGGAAUUUAUUUUCUGGGUCAGGCUGAUGUAAUCUCUAAACUCAACAUGACAGACAGUUUUGCAUUUGGCUCCCUAAUAUCAGCUGUCGAUCCAGUGGCCACUAUUGCUAUUUUCAAUGCACUUCAUGUGGACCCAGUGCUCAACAUGCUGGUCUUUGGAGAAAGUAUUCUCAACGAUGCAGUCUCCAUUGUCCUGACCAACACAGCUGAAGGUUUAACAAGAAAAAAUAUGUCAGAUGUCAGUGGGUGGCAAACAUUUUUACAAGCCCUUGACUACUUCCUCAAAAUGUUCUUUGGCUCUGCAGCGCUCGGCACUCUCACUGGCUUAAUUUCUGCAUUAGUGCUGAAGCAUAUUGACUUGAGGAAAACACCUUCCUUGGAAUUUGGCAUGAUGAUCAUUUUUGCUUAUCUGCCUUAUGGGCUUGCAGAAGGAAUCUCACUCUCAGGCAUCAUGGCCAUCCUGUUCUCAGGCAUCGUGAUGUCGCACUACACGCACCAUAACCUCUCCCCAGUCACCCAGAUCCUCAUGCAGCAGACCCUCCGCACUGUGGCCUUCUUGUGUGAAACAUGUGUGUUUGCAUUUCUUGGCCUGUCCAUUUUUAGUUUUCCUCACAAGUUUGAAAUUUCCUUUGUCAUCUGGUGCAUAGUUCUUGUACUGUUUGGCAGAGCGGUAAACAUUUUCCCUCUUUCCUACCUCCUGAAUUUCUUCCGGGAUCAUAAAAUCACACCGAAGAUGAUGUUCAUCAUGUGGUUUAGUGGCCUGCGGGGGGCCAUCCCCUAUGCCCUGAGCUUGCACCUGGACCUGGAGCCCAUGGAGAAGCGGCAGCUCAUCGGCACCACCACCAUCGUCAUCGUGCUCUUCACCAUCCUGCUGCUGGGCGGCAGCACCAUGCCCCUCAUCCGCCUCAUGGACAUUGAGGACGCCAAGGCUCGCCGCAGGAACAAGAAGGAUGUCAACCUCAGCAAGACGGAGAAGAUGGGCAACACUGUGGAGUCGGAGCACCUGUCGGAGCUCACAGAGGAGGAGUACGAGGCCCACUACAUCAGGCGGCAGGACCUCAAAGGCUUCAUGUGGCUGGAUGCCAAGUACCUGAACCCCUUCUUCACUCGGAGGCUGACACAGGAGGACCUGCACCACGGGCGCAUCCAGAUGAAAACUCUAACCAACAAGUGGUACGAGGAGGUGCGCCAGGGCCCCUCUGGCUCGGAGGACGACGAGCAGGAGCUACUCUGAUGCCAGGUGCCAAGGCUUCAGGCAGGCAGGCCCAGGAUGGGCGUUUGCUGCCCACAGACACUCAGCAGGGGCCUCGCAGAGGUGUGUGCAUCCAGCAGCCCCUUCGGGACAUGAGAGGGCGGGGUGAGACACCGGCUGCAGAGUCACCUUAACCCGGAACUUGCCAGGCAUCUGGAGCCAGGUGACUUGUUGAGAAACUGUCAUCUCCCCACUCCUCCCUGAGGUAGCCUUCGCUCACUGUAGCUCCUCAGCCCACAGAGGGGAGGGAGCACUGGGCCAGGCCCCAGUCAUCUGUGAAGCUGGGGUGCCUGCCUGCCCAUGCACCUAGAGGACCCCUGUGGUCCCCUGCCGGGAGGAGUACCAUCUACAGUUGCGCCAGUCCCCAGCCACUGCCUUCAUCCCACCGGACUGGCAGAGCCAGGGGCCAGUCGCCUGCCUUUGAGUCAUCAAGAUGCCUCCGCAGCAGCAAUUCUGACCUAAGUGGCAGGGCCCAGAAAUCUUGAAAACCUCCUACUCCCCUUUGCGAUACUUCCUGGGCUCCCUCAGAAACGGAAUGACCUUUUUUCCUUUACCUGAUUGGCACCUCACAGCCUGUCUCCCUGGGUGGCAGGCGGCUGUUGCCCUUCUCUGGGCACGUUCUGAAUGUUUACACUGGUACCUUCUGGUAUCUUCUUUAGAGCCCCCUGCAAGCUGCAACUCUGAGUUUUUAUCUUUUGGGGUCAACGCGCCCUCUAGAGGGGAAAGCUAGAGGCACAGGGUUUCUGCUGACCCGCAGCUGCUGUCUUGAUUAGGUUUAAAUUCAUGCAUUUUUACAGCAAAGUGCUGAGAACCUCAUAGUCACCUCCUGCCAUCCGAUCUUCCCUGCCAUUCUCGUACUCGGUUGUUCUUUUGUCUAAUCGGAGACUGCUGUGCCGAGGCCCUGUGGUGUCUGCUCACUGCUGCCACCUUUGCUGCUAAUCACGGUUCCAUCUUCUUUCUCCUCUCCCAGUUCCCUACCACGUUGGAUCCCAUUUGUCACCCAUGCUAGGGUCCCCAAAGCACUGGGGCAGGGGCCAGAGCAGCAGCACCCAGUGCUCCCCCCUCCUACCCUGACCUGGAACCCCAGCAGCCUGGAGUUGGAUGAGGAUGCUCCAUGCACAUACACAGCCCCUCUGCCCUGUCCCUGGGUCCUGGCCCCCACGGCCGUCUCAGGGUAAAGAGCUGCCAAUCAUGUCCAGAUGGAUGGAGUCACUGACUCGCAUCCUCUCCUCACCUCCCCUUUGACAAGCCUCAAACUGUUCAGCUCAUCGAAGGGCCGUUGCCAACUUCUGUAUGUGGUUCUGGGUCGCAGGGAGCCUUGGAACCUGGCACCCUGGGGUGGUUGAAUUCAUCAGUGCAUGCCUGCUUCUCUGGGGACACAGUGGACCCGCAUGGACCCCACCUGGAGCAAGCACAUCUCCAUCUCUUCGGUGUCAGGCGGCGUGGCCUCUGGGUGUCAGGAGGAACUGACCUCAGGAUCUUCCAGGACUUGUGCCAGGAAUGAGAGGCCAGGCCUUCGCCUCACUCCCGAAGUCAGAGCAGGCCAGCCAGGCAGGAAGCACGCUGUUUACUUUUUGCAUGAAAAGUAAAUUUGUACUUGAUAGACCUAAAAUAUGAUCUUUUUUAGUCCCUCACUUUAACCCCAUAUUUUGAGCCGUUGCCUUGCUUAAUUUAGGUGUCUACCAUUUCCUUUUAGUGGAGAAGAGAGGAGGUCAGAGGGUGGGGACCUUUGCCUGUCCCUGGGGGAGUGGGAUUAGGAAUCUGAGACCAGAUUGUUCUCUCACCCCUACCAGAAUUCACUCUUCCCUGAAGUUCAGGGUCCGAUCUCCCAGAUGUAAGUUGCUUUGCAAACUCAGUUGUUUGCCAGGAUUUCUUUAUUUCCGAAUCUAAAAUUCACAGGUAAAGCAAUGAAAAGUUCAGAUCCCAUUUCCAUCUGCCCCCUCAUCACCAGUCCGAUGCCCCAGCCACAUCACACCUGGCCUCACACUUUUAGCUGAGACCUGAAAAUGAUGCUGUGGCGGAAGAGCAUGUGGGGGCUUGGUGGAGGGCCCCCAGGAUUUGCAGGGGGGAGAGGGGCUGGCGGGACUUUUCCCAGGAGAUACCAGCACCUACCUCGAUCUCCUGUGAGCCUCCUCUGCCCCCUGCUGGCCAAGUGAGGUCAGCAGCCUGGGAGAGUGCCCCCAAGAGAUGAGGGCACCCCGUGUUCCUUAGCAAUCUUGGCUCACCUUUGUAACAAAAGGCCAUGGAAGUCUUUUUCUGGUCGAUGUUUUAAAAUGUCUUUGCCUGAGAAUAACAAAUUGCUGCUGUCUACCUUUAGCACACCCAAUAAUUCUAUUUGGGGCGGUGAAUGCGUAGAAGAUAUAAAAAUACGCAGCGUAACUAUAUCUUCCUGCGUGUAUAUUUAUUUUCUUCUGAGUCUAGGCCAUGGGACAGGAGAACUGUGGCGUGUAGGAGGAACACUUCAGGAGGAGUGAAGGCUGGAGCCGGGAGCGCUGGGGGAAGCCAGGCCUUUAGCCAGCAGCCCCUCUACCACAGGCGCCGCUGUGUGGAGCUAGUUCUUGGAAUAAAUCCCAUGCGUUCUGCAGCUUGUAGUUGUUAUGACCCCUCAGAGCAGCUACCCCCUGUGACUUGGUGUGUGAGGUCUCCUAGAGAAAGGAGCUGGCUUCUCGUAGGUCCUUGAGAUCAAAUUUGUCGGAGGCUGGGCCAAGGCCAGGCUGAGGGUGGCUCAGUUCCAUCAUCUGGAGCUCAGACACUCCGCCCAGGGGCAGAACUGAAGCCCUCCCAGCCCCCACUCCAAGCCAGCCACUCCUUUUUACAGUGGGCUGGCAGGCUGGGCUGAGCUGGGCAGUCCGGGCGGGCUGGCUGGCAGACAUGAGGCCAAGGGGCAGCCCUGAGUGCCAGAGUCGCCCAGGUUAGCCCACAGGAUUCCUUUGUGUGCCAUGGAAUGCUGAAAGAUGGGUGACUGAGGAUCCUUCUUAAAACCCUUGGCAAAGGUGCCGUCAGCAAGGCUUGACCUCGUGAAGUCUUGGGUCUGUGUUCCCACAGGGCCCACAUACUCAGAGAGUCCUCAGCAGGGUGGCCAAGACCAGGGCGCUUCUGCUGAGGAGCAGGUAGGCUUGGGUAUGGGUGUGGCCUGGGGUGGCUCAGGGCUGAAGCUGCUGCCUGAUUCCUGUGUGGGGUAGAAGCUCAGUGGCCAUUCUCUGCCACUGACAAGGAUUUCACAUGCAAAAAAGAAAAGGUGCCCCUCCGGCCCCCACAUUCCCUGCCGAAUGCGUGCCCGUGUGUGCUGCCCUUGCUGGGGGCGGGUAGGAAACCACACCUGAGUGUCCUGAUGAGGAGUCACGAAGCAGUGUCCUUGGGAAGGCGUCUCUAGAGUCCCAGGCCCUCUGUCUAGCAGGUAAAGCCCUCAAGAGAGUACAGAGCCAGCCCCCUUCCCUUUAGGCUUCUGCCAUUUCCCAAGCAGUUCUCCAACAGACGUCGAGGGGCUUCGCUGUUACCAGGCAUGUAACAGAAGGAGGAAGACUGGCUAACAUCCCUUGCCCCAUCCCAUCCUCCUUCCCCUAGCCAUUUUCUUGCCAUGGCCUCUGGUGCCCUUGAGCGGGUCUCCCUGGCUGCUCUGCGGAGCUUCACUGGCUUCAGGGUGAGCGUGAAAUGCUGGUGAGCAGUGGGCCUGUGGUUGGCUGGGAAGAUGUGCAUCAGUGGUCAGAAGUCCUCUGCCAGCCCUGCAGAGCCAGAGCCUCAGGCUGGGACAGGGACGGCUCUCUACUCCCACCUGGACAGUGGGCAUGGUCUGGACGGUGAGCAAAGGCUUAUACCAAAGCCUUUGACAGUUUCUCCAAGUAGGGAUCUGCAAAGCUCAAACUGUUGUCAAGAUGGGUGUGAAUCUUACAUUCCUUUUCAUUAUUUCCUUUGUAAAAGGAGUGCUGGGUUUUUGUUUUAAGAAGCAUUAUGAAGGCCAGGCUUAUUCAUUUUUCUCCCCCAAGGGAGCUGUGAGAGGCCCCUGUUAGGCCCCUGUUUCCUGAGCAAUCAUGUGGUGCUCUUCUUGCCGGGGCUUUGGGUGGAGAGGAGAAGGCAGGUGAGAGAUGGGGGACCUGUGGCUGCCAUGCUGGAGCCCCUGCGUCAUCUCAUUGGACUCUUUAAGGGAGUCAGGAAUAGAUGGAAGACAGCUGUGUCACUGGAUGCUUAUUUAGAAUUAAAGUGUAGCUGCUGAAUUGGA